CCUGUUUUGUGUGUUUAGAUUAAAAGAUGCUGCUGGGAAAAAUCUCCCGGAAGCUCUGCAGCUUAAAGCAACUCCCAUGGUCAUCCGACUCCAGAUCCUUCUGGGGCUGGCUGAAUGCAGUGUUUAAUAAAGUGGAUCGCGAGCGCAUCAGGGCCGUGGGCGCAGACAGGGCGGCGUCCGAGUGGCUGCUGCGCUGUGGGGCCACGGUGCGCUAUCACGGCCAGGAGCGGUGGCAGAAGGACUACAACAACCUCCCAACUGGCCCUCUGGACAAAUACAAGAUUCAGGCAAUAGACGCCACCAACUCUUGUAUCAUGAACAUUGGAUUUGACCACCUGGAGGGCCUGCUGCAUGUUGAAAAAAUCAAACUCUGCCAGUGUCAUUAUCUCGAGGAUGGCUGUUUAGAGAGGCUCAGUCAACUUGAAAAUUUACGAGAAAGCCUCUUGGAAAUGGAAAUCAUUUCCUGUGGGAAUAUCACAGACCAGGGCAUCAUUACGCUGCGUCAUUUGAGAAACCUCAAGUAUUUGUUGUUAAGUGAUCUUCCUGGAGUAAAAGAAAAAGAAAAAAUUGUCCAAGCCUUUCAGUUAGCACUGCCUUCUCUGAACCUACAAUUAAACCUGAAGUAACAAAAAAUAAGUGUCUGAUUUCAAUGUAAAGAAUCAUUUGAAAAUUUCGAUUGUAAAUAGUAGCUAAUACUAUAUAAUUAUUACUAGAACAGAGAGGAAAAGGCAUGUUGAGUCUGUCACACGUCAACAGUAGUCAGGUGUGACUCAACGGUCGUGCUAAGAUGGGAGACUGAUAUUUUGUACAUUAAAAUGCCAAGCAGGUAACAAUUAAAUUCGAAUAUAUGAAAGGGUUUCAAAAUGUUCAUGGAAAAUUGAAUUAAGAUAAUGGAGUUUUUGCACAAAUUUUGAAGUUCUCCCACCCCAUUCCCAACCCCCAUAUUACUUGAUAAUAAUGAGGUAGCUACUUCUUGGUGUAAUAAUAUAGAAGUGAUUUAAAUGUUUAACAGAUAAUUCUUUAUUGUAGUAUGUGUAACAGUAAUUUACAGUACAUUUCACUGUAGCUUGAAUGUUACUGAAACAUGUUACCACAAAUGCACAAUUGUGAAAAUGUGAAGCUAAAUUACAGACUCGGUGGUGGAAAUCAAAGUUGUCAGUGGUAUUGACACUUCAUACCCCUUCCUGUGAUUUGCAUACAUGUCCCACGAUCCUGGUUUCCUGUUUUCUUUAUAACAUUUUGUCUCAGAACAAGUAGUUUCUGGUUAAUUUGUUUUAUUUUGUGAGCUUAAAAACCAAAAACAAACCACUGCUGUUGAGCGGGUUCCCAGUCUCUCGACUGUCCAGGGCAGAGUAGAACUGCCCGUCUGACUCUCCAAGGCUGACCAUCUUCCUGGGAGCAGACUGCCUCCUCUUUCUCCCAAGGAGCUCACAGACCUUUGCAGCUGCGGUCGGCUUUAUUAAAUCUGGAUACAGACAUCUGACUGAAUUGAAAUAGCUGAUGCUCAAAAACGAAACAAAGGCAACAACUAUGAAGACCAGCAUCUAAAUUCAAAAAUCACCUUAAACAUCGGGCUGUUUCACAUUAUUAGGAAUGUAUUUUUACCCCUGUCAAGAGUUAGUCUCGGAACUCCACAGGGGCAGGUCGACCCUGCCCUAUAGGGUUGCCAUGAGUCGGCAUUGACUCGAUGGCAGUGAGUUUGGUUUGGGGUAUAUUUUUGGAUACCACUUCCUAUGAGCUUAAAAGACAUCAUAGAGUGUAACACUCUAUGAUUUAAUUUAUAUCUAGAAGAAUAAAGACUCUUACAAAUAGGUAAUAUUAUGACCUGCUUGAAGCAGCCCUGAUAUUACUGAGUUAUAUGCUAACCUGUUUGUAGAUAUCUGUAUGUUUGGCUUGUACAUUAAGGUGUUGAAUAAAACUUUGACUGGAAAUACACUUAAA